CCAGCCAAACAGCAUGGAGGUCGCAACUCUGUGCACCAUUAUCGUCUCUCUGAGAAUCUUUCCCAGCAGAUCUCAGUUCUUCAUGUAUGAGUCUGUUGCACUGAGCUGUGGAGAGCAUAAAAACUCUUCUGACUGGACAAUAAGGAGAAACACAUCCGCAAACACAAAUGAAGAGUGUUCUAAAGUCUGGGGGAAAAGGAAUGAGUCACACUGCUUCAUUCAGGAUGUUUACCAGUCAGACAGUGGGGUGUACUGGUGUGAAGCUGGAGCUGGAACGUGCAGUGAAACUGUAAACAUCACAGUAACCGGAGGCCUGGUGAUCCUGGAGAGCCCGGUCGUUCCUCUGCAGGAGGGCGAUACUGUCAGUCUGCACUGCACGAAUAAGAGCACUUCUUUUUCCAACCUCACAGCUGAAUUUUAUAAAGAUGGUCUCCUCAUCGGGAACAGCUCCACAGGAAUCAUGACCAUCCAAAAGGUUUCAAAGUCUGAUGAAGGUUUCUACAAGUGUAACAUCUAUGGUGCUGGAAGCUCACCAGACAGCUGGCUGGCUGUCACAGGUGGAUGGCCCAAAUCUUUUCACUCUGCUCUUGUGCAUGUUUUACUUCCUGUGGUGGGUGUCUGCCUCUUGCUGGCUAUGGUGUUGGUGGUGGUGUUGGUGCUACUGUGCCUCUGGAGGAACCACAAAGAUGAAACAGACCCAGAUGUUUCAUACACUGAUGUCACCAUCAUGCAGGAAGUGCAGCCAACGAGUGACAAAGCAGAAAUUGUUUCUGAACCGACCAUCUACUCGAUAAUCACACCAGGAGCCACUUGAGAGCCGACAACAGGAUCUGCGCUCCUGUUUUAUUUUGUGUAAUUUUAUGC